AUGCGAGUUGUCAGCAUAGGCAUAGGGUUAUGCAGAGUAAAUAGCGGCGACAUCGGCAUCAUUAACAGCGGUGUUGCGGAUCUUGUACUAAAAUCAAGUUGGUGUUGCUCCAACAAUUGCAAUGUUCGAAAGAGUGGUGAUAGUGGUUUGGUUAAGAUGCUUGUCAUUGUCUCCCCCAGGACCUCUUCCGAUGAUCAUUCCAGUCGUAAGCGUCUAAAAUAUGUUUAUGUGAAGUACCAUCUUAUUAAUGGGGAUGGUGCCACUCUUCCUACUCCAAAUGCAUUUAUCGAUCGCCCUCCAUUAUGUAACGUUGGUUUCUAUCUUUACUACUUCGUAGCCAGUCUUCGUGUGCCUCCUUCGAUCUUUGGCUCAAUUAUUGAAGCGUACAAGAGUCAUACUUGCCAACUAAAACCUAAUUCGAUUUCAAAGCUCCCAAUUAUCAAUGAUAGCUUUACUUAUAGUGUUAGAAAUGGUAGUAACACCCAAAAUGAUGAAGAGGAGGAUUCAGAGUCCAUGAUUAAGGUUCAUGACUCUUAUGAUGAUACAAACGAUAUUCAUACUUCCCUUGUUUCUACUAAUCUUGUGAUUUUUUCUGAUGAUGAAGCUGAUGAUGGGAGUGGUGAACAACCUUUAGUACGUCGUAAAAGAGGUACAGACUCUACUGCUUUGGAUGCUCUAGUGGUUGUUAUGGGUGGUGGUGAAGGUAGUAAUGGUAGGGUUCUCAAGAGAUACAAUUCCCUGGAUCUUGGUGCUUUCCAUGAUUUUGCUAAUCACCUUGGUGUAGGUCGUCCUUCUUCAUACGUGACUGAAUUGAAUAUUAAUAACACUCCUCAUGGUAUGAAUUCGACCCCUACAUCAUUAGAAAGGAAUAACAUAUUAUAG